CUUAAUAAUUUUAAUAAUAAUGGUCAUUUUAAUAAAAUAUCAUCACGAGAAGGAGUAAGAAUACUGAAUAAUAAUAAUAUUAAUAAUAAGUAUAAUUUUAUAAAUUCAAAAAAUAUCAGGUUUAUUCAUGGCUUGGUUGAUAAAGAUUUGAGUACACAAUUGGCAGAAGAAUUAACAUAUUAUGAAAAGGAAAAGGAUACAAUAGCUACUUCAUCUACAUCAACAAAAGAUGAUGUAAAAAAUGGUAAAGAAAUUCCUUCUAUUAUGACCAAAUCAAUAAGUGUAUCAUUUAAUAAUUUCAAUUGGGAACUUUUUGAUAAAAGGACUUUGAAUGAGGUUUAUAUGACAAGAGAAUAUAAUAAUGAAAAAAUUCGAGUACUUUUUAAUAUUAUACCAUUAGAAUAUUAUGAAAAAGCUGAAGAAGAAGACGAGGAUGAGGAGGAGGAUGAGGAGGAUGAGGAUGAAGAUGAGGAUGAAAUAGAGGAGAGGAAAGUUGGUAAAUCAACCAUACCGCCGGCAACAAUCAUUCCGGAAGAAGAUAAAGAUGAGGAAGAUUUAAUAGAUUCAUCUGAUGAAGAAUUUGAAGAACAAAGCCCCGAAAAAACUUUAAGGUGUGCUAUAACUAUUGAAAAAAAGGAUAAAGGAGUAUUAGCAUUUGAGGCAUUGGCCCGUGAAGGUAGAUUUUUAAUCGAAAAUGUUUCAUUUUAUGAAGCAUUACAAACAAAUCAUACAAAAAGUGCUAUUCCUUUCCCUAAUUUAAGUGCAAAUUUUCGACAUUUAUUUACUAAAUAUUUAGAAUAUCGAGGUAUAAACGAGGAAUUAUCCCAAUAUAUUCUUAGAUAUUCUACUCAUAAGGAAAAUCAAGAAUAUAUAAUUUGGUUGGAAAACGUUAAAAAAUUUAUUGAUUCUUAAAAAAAAAAAAUUAAACCUAAAAAAAAAUUGAUUCGAUAAUAUAUAUAUAUAUAUAUAUAUAU